AUGGUUUUGCCCACUGGUUAGUGGUUCACACCUAAUCAUCGUCAUAGUUUGUACUCCGAAGGUCGCUGGCCUGGGCAUUAAAAACCAGGUGAUUUCGGGUAAGGUAACUCAAAUCGUUAUUGGACACUCAGCCAAGAUGAGGUGCGAUCUGCGAGUGCAAUUUUUGCUGUUACUGGGAAUAAGCGGUUGGAGCUGGACUGAAGCUCAUUCCCUGGGAGGAGGUGCAAUUGGAGCCGUUGGAGGAGUGGGAGCUAUUGGUGGUGUAGCAGCACUUGGAGGAGUUCAGCAAGUGCCCGUGGUGCAGCAAGUGCCCAUUGUUCAGCAAGUGCCCAUCGUGCAACAGGUGCCCGUCAUCCAACAGCAGCCGCAGGCUCUGGGACUCGCAGGAGGAGGUGGAUUUAUUGGUGGUGGCAUCGGAGGAGGUGCCGGAUUUGGACGCUACAAGGAGAGCUAUCGAGUGCGAGCGAGAGGAUUCGGCGGUGGAUACCGCGCCCGGUACGACAAAAAGUUCGGUGGAGGAUUCGCAGGAUUCGGAGCUGCUGCGGGUGCAGGCGCAGCUGGAGGCGGUUUGCUGGGCUAA